AUGGGUGUAUCUGCCAAAUGCAAAGAUUGGCUCAAGAAAGCGGCUUUGUUCUUUGCUGGACUGGGUCACCUUCAGCCUAUGCUACUGGCAGCUACUAACUCUGACUACUUGCUUGACAGGUUCCUUCUAGAGAAGCGUUGUUCCAGUGAGUAUGUUUCCAGGAUGAUUACCUCACUCAUCUUCAUAGAGAUCUCGGCAACUAUUCUCAUGGGUACUUUUGGGGUGUUGUUGGGGUUAUAUAAAUUCAUACCUGAGGAGAAGGAAGAAGAUUUUAGAGGUUACUUGAGUUGUGUCAUCCAAUGGAUCCUCCUCUUUGGGCAUGCACAGAUAGUCAGAGCUUUUACAUCGGGUGGAGAAAAGGGAGACAUUCAAUGGUUCUACUAUUCUUUGCUAUUUCAACACUUUUUUACUUGUAUCAUAGGUGCAGGUAUUGGAUUUAUAGAUGUGGACAGGGCACUUUGGUACCUCAUGAAUAUUCCUGUAUUACCUGUCAUCAUCUUCUUCUACCAGAUGUGGAUUCACAUGUGGGCUCGUAAGAAAGGUCUGGUUAAUAUAGGGUAUAUGGUAGUUGAGAACCAGAUACGGUUGGGUGUUAUCAAUUCGUGUAUAACAACACUACUAUGGACCAUAGCCUAUUCUGGGUUGCUUGAAGCAGAAGAUGAAGGAGUAACCAUUAAGCUCUCAGAAAACAAAAAGGCAAAAAAUGGAGGCCCUCAUACAUAUCAAGGAAGUACUAUCGGAGGUGGUAGGACCAUUACUGUCACAAGAACUCCUGAACAAUCUAACUUCUUCAAGUACACCCAUGAGAACAGUAGUUGGUGGAGUGAAAAUAUACGAUUCACAGUAAAGGAAGUAAAACAUGGUAAUACUCCACUAAUACUACACCCAUGCAUAAAUGGGCCAGUGGAUGAAGUUGCGGUAUACUAUGAGGGUGCUUGUAGUACGGAAAAUCCCCUCCUAAUUUGCGUAAGAUCUGACAACUCUUAUGGUUAUUACUGCAAGGGAAAUGUCACCUACUGCAAGAGUCUUGGUCACGUCUCCAAUUCUCAUGAUAACUGUUGGUACAGAUACAAGAAUGGAGAUAGACGCAGUAAAAUAGAACCUGAAAGUGGUACUGAUCAAGGACUAGGUAACCUGCUUGAACAACUUAAGUGUAAACCGCACCAACUUACCAGUAAGAACUUCUCUAGUGUUGCUACUGCCGAUCUUCAGAAUCUCCAAUCUGAUCAUAAAAACUAUGACUACCGGAAGAUCUUAUGGGAUCCUUGUACUUGGUAUCCAUCUCCGACUUGUAUGCCACUUAUUAUGCAUGGUUUAGCAGUUGGAGCUAUGGGUUCAAUUUAUCCUCAUUUGGUUCCAAAGACUUUGGUUUCUGCUAAACAUGCUCGUAUAUUUGACAUCCUCAGUAUGUUUUUGGCAGCAAUUGUUCAGAUUUUGAAUCUCAUAUUUUUUGAGUAUAAGAGCCCUGCUUUUGCCAACAGACCUUGGGAAGGUGAAGACAAAUGGUACCUUACUUGGCUUUUUUAUGUACCCUAUCUACUAUCAUUUCUAUUAAUCAUCUUUAACAUUCACUAUCCUGGCUGGAGAAUCUGUUGUUACAUUAGAAGUCACACUUGGUUUGCAUUUCUCAUUAUGCUUUCUGUUAGUUUUAUCAAUGACAUUUUCCUGGCAGUGGGAAGGGGUGGUAUCAUGGACCAGAGAAGUGGUAAUAAGGGAAUUGAUGGUAGGUAUUUGAAGAAUGAUCAUUCUCUCUUUAACAAGAUGGCUCCGUUUAUGGCCCUCUCUUUUAUACCAUUCUGGUUGACGACAUCUCCAAUGAUAAAGAGUUAUGCUCGUAGUGUUGAUCAAUACUUGUCUGAUAAGGAUAGAGAUUCUUGGCCUACUUCACGUUAUGGGUUUUGGAGUCUGUCAGUCAGUCAGUCAUCCAGUAGACUCUUUAAGAGGCUCUUAUGGAGUAUAACGACCAUGGCGACUGGAAGGAGCCUAUACAGUAGAGUAUGUCUGCUCCGCUAG